GAACUUUCACUCCGUUAGCAGUGGGCCCGAGUCCCCCAUUAUUCUUCUAUUUCCCUCAUUACACCACUCCUCCCUCCAUUCUUCUUUUGCCCCCCCCUUUUUUUUUACUUCCUCCACAUGGUGCUCCUCGUCGUGAAGGGGACCGUGUACCCCGAUGAGUUCGUGGUGGAGCGGAAGCUCAGCGAUGCUGUCUCCGCCUCCCCAACUCCCCCGUCCGACAAGGCGACUUCCACCACCACCGCUGGUGCGUCGCCCUCUGCACAGGACUCCAUCGUCCCUAUCAUCGCCCACCUCUUGAACACGCGGCAUCAGCUGCGUCUUGUGCUCAUGUCCGCCCAGGAGCUCGCAACGCUUUUCACGCAACACCACAAGGAGAAAGAGAUGGAAGAAAGCGAGGCAAAGCUGGUGGGGCAGUACACAGCACGCAUAGAAGAGCUGCACAAACGGCUGAAGGACACGAAAAGUCCUGUCCGCGACGACGAGUUUGACCACGCCGUCGCGGAACUGCGUGUGCUGACGUCGCUUCUGUAUCCGUCCUUCUGCACGCACGCAGAAGGCACCGAGGCAGCCAUUCAGCGUCUUUACGCCCAGCACGACGACCCUGAUCUAGACGAGGACACUCGCUUACUGGUGUACCACUGCCGCGUCAUUGUCGACCCCGAUUGGAAGGCGAGCGAGCGGGUCAAGGAGGACGAGGCAGCGCUGUGGUUUUGUGGGAAGCCGAUGGAGAACACGCUGGUCAAGUACGCCGGACGGAAUGAGAAGAGUAAGAUCAUUGUGAAGGUAGCACCGCGUGCCGGUCCGGCGCCGAGCGGGGAGCCGCGCAUGCGCUACGAAGAUCAACGGGCACUUUACAAAGCGAGGUGUGAGCGGCGCGAGACGUACAAGCAGUUGGAGGAGUCGGAGCUGCGAGAUCGCGUGGUGCAGCAGACACGUGGUGCGGUGCAGCUGUCGUUGGGGGUGCGUGGGGCAGCAAACUCUACUCUGUCCAGUGCGGUCACCGAUCCUACCGCAUCCGACGUCGUGCCGGCCUUAAAAACGGAGAGGCUGCGGCCCAUCUAUCCUCAGAAGGAAGAGCGCGAACUCCCCAUCUCCUAG